AAACUUUUAACAAUGCGGCCCCCAACCUAAUGCGCCCCUCCCCAUCGCCCACACCGCCGUCCGCCGCCCCGAUCUCUUCUUCUUCCCCUUGUUAUUUUUUCCUUUCUGUUCUCCAGAAAUUCAGCAACAACAACCAACUUUCUUCUUCUUCUCCCAUUCACUAAUACCAAGCAUCAGGAGUAGUAAGCUUGUCUUUCCUCUCCUCACAGCAGCAACAGCGAUUUCCAGCCGUCGCGAAUAGGAGAAAGGUUCAGACAUUGGAGAUAGCUGAUAGCUCGAUUAUUGGCCAGCACAACUCUGCUUAGUGGUUGGUGUCACAGUCUGCAAGAGAAGCUAUGCCACGACCAGAGCUCCAAGCCCCGCCAGAGAUAUUCUAUAAUGAGGUGGAGGCACGCAAAUAUACAACUUCGUCUCGCAUCAUUGAAAUCCAAGCAAAGAUAUCUGAGCGAGCACUUGAACUCCUUGCCUUGCCAAAUGAUGGCAUACCUAGGCUUCUUCUAGAUAUUGGCUGUGGAUCUGGACUUAGUGGUGAAACUCUGUCUGAAAAUGGGCACCAUUGGAUUGGCUAUGAUAUUUCAAGUUCAAUGUUGGAUGUUGCAUUAGAGCGUGAAGCAGAGGGUGAUCUUUUGCUUGCAGAUAUGGGCCAGGGCUUAGGCUUACGGCCAGGAGUUGUUGAUGGUGCGAUCAGUAUUUCGGCAGUCCAGUGGUUAUGCUAUGCUGACAAGUCCUCACAUGAGCCAAGAAUGAGGCUAAAGGCAUUUUUUGGCACAUUAUAUCGAUGUUUGGCUAGAGGGGCAAGAGCUGUAUUACAACUUUAUGCAGAAAACAGGGAUCAAAAUGAGAUGAUCUCGACUUAUGCCAUGCGAGCUGGUUUUUCUGGUGGUGUUGUUGUUGAUUGGCCGCAUAGCUCAAAAGCACGGAAAGAAUAUCUGGUUCUUACUUGUGGUCCACCCUCAGCUCAAACUUACCAACCGAAGGGGAAAGGUGAAAAUGGUGAGCUGUGCAGUGAAGAUAAUGAAAGCGAUGCUGACACUGAUGACAGCCAAAUGGUUGAUGUAUAUGAUCGAAACCGGCCAAGGAAGAAAUUGAAGGUAAAGAAGAAAGGGAAAGGUAGAGAAUGGGUGUUGAAGAAGAAGGAACAGAUGAGGAAUAAAGGAUAUAACGUUCCUCCUGAUACCCAGUACACUGCUCGAAAGCGCAAGGCUCGAUUUUAACCCUUCUUCCUCUUGAUGCCCAGUACACUGCUCGAAAGGUCAAGGCUCUAUUUUUUCUGUUAGCUUCGGAUCAUUAGAAACCGCAUAAUUUUUUACUAGGAUAAUUUAUUGUAAUCAUAUAUUUUCUGUAGCUGUUGUGCUGUGUUUUCGUGCACAAGGUUUUGCACUGCAAUGGAAGGUUAUUAUACCUUUUUUUAUAUAAAAAAACUAUUAAAUAGAGCACGUUUAA